AUGCACUGGUCAAAGGCAAUAGGAACCUUCAAUUCCAGUUCAGACAGGGCCUUCUUUUUGGUGGGAUUCUCAGAUUGGCCUCACCUGGAACUUGUCUUUUUUGUCAUCAUUUCAAUUUUCUACUCCCUCACUCUCUUUGGCAACUCUUCCAUCAUUGCUCUCUCUCGACUGGACCUUCGACUGCAAACACCCAUGUACUUCUUCCUCUGCCACCUCUCCUUCCUGGACCUCUGCUACACGACCAGCACUGUGCCACAGCUUCUCGUCAACCUCCAUGGUCUUGACAGGACCAUCAGCUAUGGAAGGUGUGUGGCCCAGCUCCUCAUUUUUCUUGCCCUGGCAUCUACAGAGUGUGUGCUAUUGGGGGUCAUGGCCUUUGACCGCUAUGCUGCUGUGUGUCGUCCACUGCACUACACAACCAUUAUGCACCCUCAGCUGUGUCACACACUGGCCAUCUCCUCCUGGGUAGGGGGCCUUGUGAACUCUCUGACUCAGACAGGCCUCAUGAUGGCCAUGCCUCUGUGUGGCUAUCGACUGAAUCACUUCUUCUGUGAGAUGCCCAUAUUCCUCAAGUUGGCUUGUGAGGAAACAAAAAGAACAGAGGCCAAGAUGUUUGUGGCCCGAACAAUAGUUUUGGUCUGCCCUGCAGCACUUAUCCUGGGUUCUUAUGCUCGCAUCACCAGGGCAGUACUGAAGGUCAAGUCAACCGCUGGGCGUAGAAAAGCUUUUGGGACUUGUGGAUCUCACAUUCUGGUAGUCUCUCUGUUUUACGGUUCAGCCAUUUACACAUACCUUCAACCCACUCACACCUAUUCUGAAAGUGAGGGAAAGUUUGUUGCCCUUUUUUAUACUAUCGUCACCCCCAUGCUCAACCCUCUGAUUUAUACGUUGAGGAACAAGGAUGUGAAGGGGGCUCUGUGGAAGGUGCUAGGGAGAGGCACAGACUCUGAGUAA